UAUGUCGUGUCCCCUGCCAGGUCUUGGGGCCGGUCCCCUCAACAACAACAACACUACCUGGACGCAACACUACCAGGACCCAACACUACUAGGACGCAACACUACCAGGACGCAAUACUACCUGGACGCAACACUACCAGGACCCAACACUACUAGGACGCAACACUACCAGGACGCAACACUAACAGGACGCAACACUAACAGGACGCAACACUAACAGGACAUAGAAGAACCAGCAUGUUUCCUGGUUCUGCUGCCGGUUGCAUUAUGCUCUCGUUGAGAACGCUGGGAUAUAAAGUAGUGGUUAAUGGUCGCGUGAGUGGAGUGGGCCGGUGUUGCCAGCAGCCACAGGUCGGAUACCACUUACAAGUGUUGUACAGCUCAACACUAGGCCUAUGUCAUUUUUUAGACCAAGGGAAAUUAAAGUAUGAUAGCAGUGAUCCCACCAAACAUACCGUUUUUAGCACAAGACAUGACUCUAGGCACUAUUCCAGUGCUCAAACGUCAUCCAACACUCAAGAUUCUUUCGUUGAAAUGAAAUUAAAAAAAAGAAAAAUUCCAGUAGGUCCGAGUUUAGAGUAUUUUAUAGCAAAUAAUACUGCUGGUGAGAAGCCAAACAACAAACUUUCAAAAAGAGAUUUAGAGAAAGUAUCUCACCCAUAUGUAAGCGUUAAGGACCUCGAUGGGCACGGUCGUAGGGUAUACUUCGAUGUGUAUGGUUGUCAGAUGAAUGAGAGUGACAGUGAGGUGGCCUGGUCUGUCCUUAGGGAUCAUGGCUACGUUCGUGCCACUUCCAGAGAGACUGCCGAUGUGGUACUGGUAGUCACCUGUGCCAUUCGAGACAGUGCCGAACAAAAGGUUUGGAAUAAACUGGAAUAUCUUCGAAACCUAAAAAAUAAGCGAUCACUUAACAAGAUGGCCAUACCAAUGAAAAUUGGAGUGUUGGGUUGUAUGGCAGAAAGACUCAAGAAGAAGUUGCUGGAAAAAGAUAAAAGUAUAGAUAUUGUGGCUGGUCCAGACAGUUACCGUGACCUUCCCAGGCUCCUGGCACUCACCGAUCAAGGUGAAGCGGCUGUUAAUGUUUUGCUGUCAUUGGAGGAAACCUAUGCUGAUAUUGUACCAGUGAGUUUGUCAACAAAUAGAAUGUCUGCAUUUAUCUCAGUAAUGCGUGGCUGUGACAACAUGUGCUCAUAUUGUAUUGUUCCUUAUACUCGAGGACGAGAACGUUCACGAAGUGUUGAAUCAAUUCUCGAGGAAGUGCAUUACUUGUCUGAUCAAGGAGUAAAGGAGAUAACUCUCUUAGGUCAGAAUGUGAAUAGUUAUCGAGAUACAUCACAGAUUCAUCAUGCAAGUUUUGUAGACCAUGAAAAUAAAGACUCUAAUUUGGUUAAGGGAUUUAAAACAAUAUAUAAACCAAAGACAGGAGGACUGAGAUUUGCACACCUCUUGGACAAGGUGUCUCAAGUUGAUCCUGAAAUGCGUAUUAGAUUUACCUCGCCGCACCCAAAAGAUUUCCCAGAUGAUGUGUUAUAUUUGAUUAAAGAGAGAAAAAACAUCUGUAAAAGCAUUCAUCUGCCUGCUCAAUGUGGCAGUACAAGAAUUUUGGAGCUCAUGCGAAGAGGGUACACAAGAGAAGCAUAUCUUGAAUUGGUGACUCGCAUUCGGUCCAUCAUCCCAAACAUAUCCCUGUCUUCAGAUUUUAUUUGUGGUUUUUACUCAGAGACUGAAGCAGAGUUUGAAGAAACUCUGACUUUAAUGGAAGAAGUAAAGUACAACUUUUGCUACCUUUAUCCAUACAGUAUGCGUGAAAAAACACAUGCUCAUCAUAAACUAGCAGAUGACAUUCCUUUCUCUGUUAAAGUUGAUCGUUUGCAGAGAAUGGUAGAAUUAUUCCGCACUGAAGUCACCAAGAUUAAUAAAGCUCAGGUUGGGCAACAGCAGCUGGUUUUGGUAGAAGGUGCCAGUAAACGAUCACAUAUGGAACUGGUUGGAAGAAAUGAUGGCAACACAAGGGUUAUCUUUCCUGAUGUAGAAUUAGAAGAUCCAGAUAGAAGAGGCCCAACAAGAAUUCAGCCAGGAAACUACAUUUCUGUACUGAUUACAGAUUAUUCUUCACAAAUCUUAAAGGGUGUUCCUCUUGCCAUUACUACAUUGAAGGCUCAGUCCAGAUCUAUGUGAUUGCUAAUGUAAACACUACCACUGAGGCACAAAUCAAUAUCUGAUCGUUUUGUGUAGCAAAAAAAUUGCAAUAAAAGAGAAAUGCA